UCCCGGGAGUGGGUUAACUCCAUCAAUCCGGAGAGCCAUGGAUUCAUGCUUGCUUCCACAUAGGUGGUAGCGUCUUCCUCGCUCUCGUUUUGCCCCGCAGAGCAAGGCAUUUGGUGUUGUUAUAAGUCAACCCAAGAACCAUCCGAUCCUCUUCUUCUAUGCCUCCGUGCGUCGCCGGCUGCCAUGUCGCUGCUGUCGAGGCUGCGGCUGGUGACCGUGGACGUGACGGGGACGCUGAUCGCCUACAGAGGGCAGCUCGGCGACUACUACUGCACGGCGGCCAGGUCCGCCGGGCUGCCGUGCCCCGGCUACGCGCGCAUGCACCAGGCCUUCAAGGCCGCCUACGCCGACAUGACGGCCAAGCACCCCUGCUUCGGCCACGCCUCCAGGAUGCCCGACCAUCGCUGGUGGAGGACGUGCGUCAGGGACUCCUUCCUCAGGGUAAGGUGAAGGCAGGACACGAGUACGAUGAUGCCACAUUUGAGCGGAUCUUCGGGCAAAUCUACGCCGCCUUCGGCUCCCCCGCCCCGUACUCGGUGUUCCCCGACGCGCGGCCCUUCCUCCGGUGGCUGCGCGGCGAGGGGAUCAUGGCCGGGGUCGUCACCAACGCGGACUGCCGCUACAGGGACGUCGUCCUGCCCGCGCUGGGGCUGAACCAGGGGUCCGAGUGGGACUUCGGGGUGUUCUCGGGCGUCGCCGGCGUCGAGAAGCCCGACCGGCGGAUCUACGAGAUGGCGCUGGAGGCGGCCGGGGGCGUGGCGCCGGAGGAGGCGCUGCACAUCGGCGACAGCAUGAGCAAGGACUACGCGCCGGCCCGGGCCGUCGGGAUGCACGCGCUGCUGCUGGACAGGUUCGGGACCGCUGAUGCCGAGAGGUGGCGGCGGUCCGGCGCGGUGGUGCUCCCUGACCUCGUCUCCGCCCGGGAGUGGCUCAUCCGGGAUCCCCCUGCCGCGCAUGGAGGAACCGACAACGCCUGGGCGGAGGAGUGAUUACCUGAAAAAUAGGGUGGAUAGUUGAGGCAUGAGUGAACAUUGCUGGAAGUGUAUGAAAUCCAGGGGACAAAAGAACAGGUCCUCGGAUGAUACAGUAUUCGUUGAUGAGAUUGCCAACUAUUGCAAUGUACUGUAAGCAAGAGUGCAAGUUAAACAAGUUAUUCAGAGUUGAUGCGCGAUGCCAGAUCUCUCCAAGGUGCUUACAGGAAAGAGAGUGUGCAUAUUCAUAAGGUUGAGUGUAUGUACGUAUUUAUAAGCAUAUGUUUCUGUACUAUGU